AGCUGUCAAUCGGAGGCAUUCUUGUUCCGAACGUCAAAGUGUGCGGAUGUGAAAGCAAGCAAGUUACGAUCUUAGUGCAACCGUAAAGAAAAAAACAAUACCGAAUUGAACAUAAACUCAAACCAUUGGAGAUAAGCAAAACUAUUGCUCAUUGUAUCGAAAUUGUUUGUCCUGUGGAAGCGGUGUAAACAUUGCAAGGCGUAUAUUUCGUACAAUUUCGUUCACAUCUGUGACACAUAAAGCCAGUUUUUUUGCUUCUUCGCUGUGUGCGUUACGUUGAGAGUGUGUGCGUGUAUCGAGAAAUCAAUCGAAAGAAGAGCUUUAUUAUUGUUUUGCACCUUUAAUUGUUCACCCGACCGCGCGAAAAAUUAUCGCUACCGUGUUUUCCGUUCUUCGUUCUUCGAUCGCCGGAAAAGUGAAAUUACCCAGCGACGAGAGCCGCAAAGCACGCGUUCUGAGCAGUCGUGAGUUACAUCACACCGCGUAUUUCGCGGCGGCGUGCGUUUUCGCCAUCGGGCGCCUAGUGCCAGGGGAAAAGGGCCCCCGGGAAGGGCUCUGGGACAACCGGAGACUUGCAAGAUCUUUAUCAGCGUUAAUCAAGCAAGUGAAAGCCAAGUAUAAAACACAAAUGAUUGGAUUCAUUUCGUCACGAGAGUAACAACGGAGCAGAAGAGUAGAAGAAUUUUGUUCGACGCGCGUGCUUGUGUGUGUAAUCCGUGAACUCCAUAGAAACGAUACGAUAGUGUGCGCGUGUGUGUGAAGUUUCUUGUAAAGCAAGAAACGAGCAGAAAAAAACACUAAACUAUCAUAAACUUUGUGCCGAUACACUUAUCUUACUUCUUGUCCGUGAAGAUAAAGAGUAAGUGAGGGCCCCGCUAAAAGGAAAAAAGGAAGGAAGCAAAUCUUCUCGUCACAAGUCAUUGCCGAUAAAUUAUGUCACAGCGUGACAGAGAAUCCUUCAUUCACUUAUUCGCCGGAGGUAUCGCUGGUACUGCUGGCGCCGUAGUGACAUGUCCGUUGGAGGUGGUAAAAACGCGUCUGCAAAGUUCGUCGUCGUCGUUUAUCCAUGCGGCCGCCUCGACUAGACACGGGCUCGUUACCGAUGGUGGGAAACUGACCGAUCCUCAUCACCAGCAUCACGUACGCCACGUGUCCGCCAUCAACAACGCAUCCUCGUCAGCAACGGAUCGGCACCAUAGCGCGGCCCGCCAUCACCCGUCACGAGUAUGCGCUAGCACGAUCCUGACCCGUCGUCGUCCUUCGAUACUGGCCAUUCCACAGUGUGGUUUGUCAACGUCGGUACAGUCGAUUAGCAUCUGGCAAUGCCUGAAGCAUAUCGUCCAAACCGAAGGCUCACGAGCCCUGUUCAAGGGUCUCGGACCGAAUAUCGUCGGCGUGGCGCCAUCCCGUGCGAUCUACUUCUGCGCCUAUUCUAAGACAAAGAAUACGCUGAAUACUGUCGGCAUUAUUCCGGCCAACUCUCCGUUGGUGCACAUACUGAGCGCGUCCUGUGCCGGGUUCGUUUCGUCCACCGCAACAAACCCGAUAUGGUUCAUCAAGACGCGCAUGCAGCUGGACAGCAAUGCGAACGGCCGGAUGACGGUGGGUGAGUGUGUGCGGCGCAUUUACGAGUCGCAGGGUGUCCGCGGGUUCUACAAGGGCAUCACCGCCAGCUACGUCGGCAUCUCGGAGACGGUGAUCCACUUCGUGAUCUACGAGGCGCUGAAGAAGAAACUGCUCGAGCUGCGCCAGUCAUCACCAGCCGCACAAGCCCUUGCGUCCGGAGACUCGACCGCCGGGGGUGGUAAAACGUCGCGCGACUUCCUGGAGUUUAUGGUGGCCGGUGCUACGUCCAAGACGAUCGCAUCGGUGGUGGCGUACCCGCACGAGGUCGCCCGCACACGGCUCCGGGAGGAGGGCAACAAGUAUCGCAACUUCUGGCAGACGCUGCUGACCGUGUGGAAGGAGGAAGGCAAAGCCGGCCUCUACCGUGGUCUCGGAACGCAGCUGGUACGACAGAUCCCGAACACGGCGAUCAUGAUGGCCACGUACGAGGCUGUCGUGUACGUGUUGACCAACCCUGCCAGUGCCAGCCUGCUGCCAACCGGUGCGGGUAACUGAGAUCGGGCCGCCGGGGUUGGGGCGCCACUCGACGGGGACCUGCUAGUGGUGCGGGACGCGCCAACGGCCGCAAUCGAUGGUGACUUUCUGUUGCAGGAGGAUGACGCCUUACCUCCGCCAUCGUUGGCACUGCUUUCGACUGCGUUGGCCACACUGGUGGACAGCACGCGAAGCAGUGGCACCGCACCGACGACCCCAGUUGCUGUAGCGCCAAGCCCGGCCCUGGAAGCGGAUGAACCGGUGGGGGGCGGCAACCCUGCAUUGAUUGUGCAUUGUAUUUGUGAUUUCUUCGUGGAUCUGUAAGGUCUAGUGGAGGGAUGAUAUUACUGUGGUGUUUUUUUGAUAGUGCGUAAGUUUUGCCGAUAGCGAAGUAGAUUUUAGCACCAUGGGGGGGAGGGGAUGGGACAACACACAGACAAACACACAAUUUCACAAAGCUAACUAUAAACUAUGGUUAGUGUGUGGGAGAGCGAGCGAGAGAAGAUUUGCUGUGUGAGUAUUUAUGCAAUUUAAAAACGGGCGGCGGAAGUUGAGCGAAAGCGCUGCAAGGUAGAAGAACAUACGCAAAGAAGUAAACCGCGGGAGGGAGCAUGUAGAAAUAGACCACAUUCGGGGACGAGAAAAAAAGGGAGGGGGGGUGAUGAGAUGCAAACACACACACACCUUUUCUUUUUCGUCCUAGACACUAGACUGAUUGUUCGUAUGCACACACACAAACACACACGCACAUAUAAGCGCUUGGAAACGGAAUCAAAGAAAUCAAAGCUCUGAUUGGAAUUUGUUUUAUUUACGUUAAAUGUAUCGUUAAAUUGUUUUAUUCCUUUGCUGGUUCAGAUUUGUUCCAUUUAAGCGGUUCCGAGUAAGCUAGACGAAAGGGGGGGUGUAUAUGUGUUGAGACGAUUAUUGCGGUUUAUUAUGUUUCUCUGUUCGUCGUUGCGCUUCCGUUGGUAGCCGCCGCCGUAGAAGAAAGUAGAUCGUAGUGUAAGCGAGCGAAGGAACGAGCUAGUCUCCUAUUACUAGCGUUUAGAUGUUUAGGGUUUGCUAUUAUUAUUUUAUUUCCAUACACAGAACGAUAUCCUAAGAGCGAUUAAGACGUUCCUCUCUUUACUUCGUACUCGCCGGUUCCGGCUUCGUCUCCACGUCUGGUGGAAGCACGGAACUCGCGGUGCGCGGUACAAGGAGAACCGAUUCGAUGGAGCGAGAAGAGUUCAGGGAAAAUUAUAUUAAUUUUUUGUCGAAACUCGAAACCUGCUUCCAUACCCAAAAGAAAAACAAAAGGCAUUCAAUUGUAACGUGAGAACAAUUCCAAACGUACACGCACAUUUUCUACCAAUUUUGUUUGUCCAUUUUGCUGCAGUGAUUAUGGCUGUAUAGAGUUUAACUACGGUGAGAAGGUAGCACACGGUAGCCCAUGCUUUUCUAAUGGGAAGUCGGUCCGGAAGUCGUAGUAGUUGCAUCUUGUAAUGCGAUUCUGUAGAACAAUUAUGUUAAUUGAGACUGGAUUGGCAAUUGGGAGGAGAGGAGGAAUCCGGGUAGCACAAAACACACAGUCACACAAACAUAAGUACAAAUAGGUUUUCUGCUUUUGCUGUAAUCACGUCGUUUUGUAAGUAAAAGCAACACCGCCAGGUCAGGGCAAAUAAUGUAUUUACCCUUGGAGUAGCCCCGGUCCCUGUAGUUGGCAGAAGCCAAGCAAAUGCGACAGCAUCAGUCCAAAAAUACCAAAAUGAGUCAUCAUGCGAUCGUCGUUGUUGUCUGCGGCACGAUGCAUGUUAAAAAUCUUAUCAAGUGCAACGAAUUAUUCACUCGGUCGCCAUUGGGUGGAAAAUGGAGUGUUUUUUUUUCUUCUUAUUUACUGUGAAAAACAGACAACACUGGCAACCACCCCAGAAGAGGAGGAUGCUGUUCGCUCAAAGCCGGGUGGCGUGAUUGGCGUCGGAAAAGACGACCAACACACACACACACUCGUAAAGGGAAAAUGCCCAUUAAUGCGCAUAUUGGGAUGCGGUCGUUGCGUUGUUGUGGCGAAGGAAAGGGAAAAUGGACAGACAUAAUUAGUGUUUUAAAAAUAAGAUCAGGGGUCAUCCGCGAUCAGCAGUGUCUUUUUAUUUCCCUCCCCGAAUAACAACGACGAGUCAAGUGUCAACAAAACCAAACAUUCCUCGCUGAAUUGAUUUACCGCGGCAGGAUAAACCUUUGCCCGUCAUAAUACGGCACAGUAAACAACUUGAUCGAGCGAUUACUAAUUACCAAAAACGAAAAAUGAUGUGCCAAAAAAUUCGAAUGUCGACAUAUGAAAAAACAAGUCUCCCAGUUUUGUUUGCGAGACCUACCUUUGACGGCUCCUUUCGGGGAGGGAUGACACCUUUUCAUUACAUGGCGUUAUAGUCUGUCCGUUCUUGCUUGCGGGCGAACGAACGAACGACGCCCUCUUGUGCGACCAGUUGCCAACCAGUCGAGAGUCGGCUGGGCCAUCUGCCAGCCAAAAUACCGCAAAAUGGCGCUCAACGAAGAUGAUAUGAUGUAACAAUACAAUAAUUACCGAAUGCUCUAGCAGCGAGCGACUUAAUACUGUAGAGUACAAGCUUGGAUGAGCCAUAAUCACACCAUCGUUUCAUUUUGUUUCCCGUAACCUUUACGGUACAACAUUACGUGCGCAUAGUAGCGGAAAAAAAAACCGCCGCACGGUGUGCUCUCACGGUGCAACAAUUUUAAACUGACCGUUACAGCAUGAAACACUAUGGAAGCCUAUAUACGCUCGCCCACUAAGGGUGAACAAUCAGUCAAAUGAGAUGAGUCCCUGUGAAACGCAAGUUAACCUGAUAGCAAACAAGCAAACAAUUAAACUGGAAACAUGAUAAUAUCCCAUUCAACGAAAAACGGAUGAUUUACAACGUACAGUAAUUAGAAGAUAACGGUGAGAGUGGAUGGUGCAGAACGACGUAUCAACAACUCACUGGGAGCUGUAAGAGAAUCCCUUGCAAACAUAAUUGGAGGAUGAAUAAUUGUUGCUUUACAUUGGAAGUGAGAGCCUUCGAUCGGGUAAUCGUUUACGUUUAUCGAUAAAACACAUCUCUAUACAUGCAUACAUAUAUAUAUUAUAUACAAACUUAAUAUUGCAUACACCGUAUACAAAACCAAGCAUUAUUGUAGUAAGUACGCUAAACAAUAGUAGCUGAGCAGUGGAGAAUGAAAAACAAAAUGAAAAACGAAGAAAAAAAAACAAACAAAAAUUGAACGCACGAAACAUGAAGAUGGAAGGGGAAAAAGUAAGUGUUUAUUGAAACAUGAUGUUAUUUUGUUUUGUAUAGUUUUUUUUUUUAUUGAAAUGAAUUACUAUAUACAUAUGAAUAAAGUUAAUCCAAAAUAAUA